GUAGGGCUGAGCUUCGAUGGACGCGACUGUCUGUGGACGAAAGACAGACGACGUGGAGUUUGAGUUGCAAGAAGAGUUUGGAUCUUUGUGGUAAGCUACUAAUACUACUCUAUCUCCAGUCUGCAAAUAUCGUUCUUGUCCAUCAGCUGGUUCAAUCCCAACCUCGAGAGGCAGGAGCGGGUCUUGGCGUCCGUUGCACGCCCAAGGUACGGCGCGCUGUUUGCUGCAGCCUUGGGCCUUUGCAGUGACUUUAUACCGCACAACCACUUCACCACCACACUCGUGGCGGUUUUGAACUCUCUCGAAGCUGCAAUAGAAUUACAUUUACCUCACGAGAACUUGGAAACCGCGCUCAACCACCACCCGCGUCCUCCAUCAGCCUCCAUCAGCUCCCCACUACCCCACACAUCUCGCAGUCAUGGCCGACGUUGACAUGGCAGAUGCGCCUGCGCCCAAGACGAAGACGUCCAAGGCUGGCGCGAGCACAGAGGGCGACAAGAAGCGCUUUGAAGUCAAGAAGUGGAACGCUGUAGCUCUGUGGGCAUGGGACAUUGUCGUCGAUAACUGCGCCAUCUGCCGUAACCACAUCAUGGACCUCUGCAUCGAAUGCCAGGCGAACCAGGCCUCCGCAACGAGCGAGGAGUGCACUGUCGCCUGGGGCAUCUGCAAUCACGCCUUCCACUUCCACUGCAUCUCGCGAUGGCUCAAGACGCGACAAGUGUGCCCGCUCGACAACCGCGACUGGGAGUUCCAGAAGUACGGUCGAUAGACGCGUUCGGCAGCUUCACAGAGGCAUGGGUUGGGAUUUCAUUUCGGACGUUUGGCGCAGCAAAGGCUUCUUAAAAUGGUCAUGAGAGCACGGCAGCAAGAAUAGCAGCAUAGACGGUCUCCAUCGUCGAAUGAAGUUUCCAUUGGGUUCACAUAGCCCCUG